UUCCAAACACACCAGGCUUUAGAAGAGCCAUUGUGGCAGCUCCUUUAAGGGCUUCCGCCUCUAAAGCACCGGCACUCGCUUCCAACUCUUCCCGUCACUAGGGACCGACCUCUCCACAGUCAGAAUUGGCCACGUAUUAAGUGCCGCUUCCAGCCAAUCAGGAAGAAGUUAGCUCAGAGCUUUGAGGGGCAUCCGCUUCCACCAAUGAACUUCAAGUGUUCUUUGGCUAAGCGCUUCCGGAACAGGGCCGGGCCUCGGAGGAGACAGUACGAUUUGAUUGGCAGGCGUGAUGUUGACAACCGGGGAAAGCCCACCUUCUGCAACAGGACCAGCUUGGAUUCCCGGAGUGGCAGUGACCGCAGCCAAUCGGAGAGUAGACGCGCGGAAAGUUUGCUCAAUGGGUGAUGUCCGAGGGAGACUGUCACUCAAGUAGCGGUGGCUGAGAGCGAGAUCAUUAGUGAUUAUCAGCACUUUAGAUGGGCGAAUUGCUGCCUUGGAUCCAGAGAAUCAUGGUAAAAAGCAAUGGGAUUUGGACGUGGGAUCUGGCUCCUUGGUUUCAUCCAGCCUUAGCAAACCAGAGGUUUUCGGGAAUAAGAUGAUCAUUCCUUCCCUGGAUGGAGACCUCUUCCAGUGGGACCGAGACCGUGAGAGCAUGGAAACAGUUCCUUUUACAGUUGAAUCACUUCUUGAAUCUUCUUACAAAUUUGGAGAUGAUGUUGUUUUGGUUGGAGGGAAGUCUCUCACUACCUAUGGACUCAGUGCAUGUACUGGAAAGGUGAGGUACAUCUGUUCAGCAUUGGGUUGUCGCCGAUGGGAUAAUGAUGAAAUGGAACAAGAAGACAUCCUGCUUCUACAGCGCACCCAGAAAACUGUUAGAGCUGUCGGGCCUCGCAGUGGCAAUGAGAAGUGGAAUUUCAGUGUUGGCCACUUUGAACUUCGGUAUAUUCCAGACAUGGAAACUAGAGCCGGAUUUAUUGAAAGCACUGUAAAACCCAGUCAGAACAAAGAGUCUGAAAUUAUCUCAGAUGUGGAAGAACAGGAAGCUGCCAUAGUGGACACAGUGAUAAAAGUCUCUGUUGCGGAUUGGAAGGUUAUGGCCUUUAGCAAGAAGGGAGGACAUCUAGAAUGGGAAUAUCAGUUUUGUACUCCCAUUGCGUCUGCCUGGUUGGUGAAGGAUGGCAAAGUCAUUCCCAUCAGUCUUUUUGAUGAUACAAGUUAUGCAUCUAAUGAUGGUGUUUUAGAAGAUGAAGAAGACAUUGUAGAAGCUGCCCGAGGAGCCACAGAAAACAGUGUUUACUUGGGAAUGUACAGAGGCCAACUAUAUCUGCAGUCAUCUGUCAGAAUUUCAGAAAAGUUUCCUACAAAUCCCAAGGCCUUGGAAUCUGUUAAUAAUAAAAAUGAAAUUAUUCCUUUGCCAACAAUCAAAUGGAAACCCUUAAUACAUUCUCCUUCAAGAACUCCUAUCUUGGUAGGGUCUGAUGAAUUUGACAAAUGUCUUAGUAAUGAUAAGUUUUCUCAUGAAGAAUACAGUAAUGGCGCACUUUCAAUCUUGCAGUAUCCAUAUGAUAAUGGUUAUUAUCUACCAUACUACCAGAGGGACAGGAGCAGACGGAGCAUAGGGAGCACCCAGAUCACAGUCCGAGUUCUGAAGAGCCCAGACUACAGCAAGAAUGUCCGCAGAAAGGACCCUGUUCUCCUCCUACACUGGUGGAAAGAAAUAGCCGGGACUAUUCUGUUCUGUAUCAUAGCAACAACUUUUAUUGUGCGCAGACUUUUCCAUCCUCAUCCUCACAGACAAAGGAAGGAAUCUGAAACUCAGUGUCAAACUGAAAGUAAAUAUGAUUCUGUAAGUGGAGAAGCUAAUGACAGCUGGAAUGACAUAAAAAAUUCUGGAUAUAUAUCACGAUACCUAACAGAUUUUGAACCAAUUCAGUGCAUGGGUCGUGGUGGGUUUGGAGUUGUCUUUGAAGCUAGAAACAAAGUAGAUGACUGCAAUUAUGCUAUCAAGAGAAUUCGUCUCCCCAACAGGGAAUUGGCUCGGGAGAAGGUAAUGCGAGAAGUUAAAGCCUUAGCCAAGCUGGAACACCCAGGCAUUGUUAGGUAUUUCAAUGCUUGGUUGGAAGCACCACCAGAGAAAUGGCAAGAAAAAAUGGAUGAAAUUUGGCUGAAAGAUGAAAGGUAACAUUGUUAGACAUAGACUC